UAGGAUGAACACAGGCUCCCUACAUCGUCCAAGUCUGGAGGCCGUCUUCUCGAUUCCCUCGUCGAAAGUAGGUUCAUGAAGAUAUUAAUGCCGGCGUUGUCAAGCAGUUUUUUCAAAUGUGUACCACUUUUUGUAUAGUGGUAGAUCUGAUAUAUGGUGGAAUGGAUAUUGCAGAUCCGAAACUCGCACAUCCCUCGCACGUUGCUCUUGUUGGUGGCACGUUUGUGCACAGGUUGGCUCUUUAAGUUCUGGGUUACGGCGUCUUGUCGAGAGCGGGGAACAAAGGACGACGACUAUCAUUCACGCGCAAUAGGACUCAGGAGCAACUCCAUAUCAUAUUCGGUUCUUUCCGCAGUGCAUACUCUUCGAUGCACGGAUCAUGUCAUGUGUAGUCAUACCUGCUAUAACAACACAUCUUUUCCCUCCGGUCUUGGGGUGUUGUGUGUUCAACGGUGGUACAGGCUGUAUAAUUAUGUGCAACUGCUUCAAUUAGUUCUACCCAUAAUACUAGUACUAAGUACAUUCUUCCUUCAGACCGGUAGAACUAGUCUUCCUAAAAAUUCAUCUGUUUACAUACAGUCCAAGAAAUGAAACAGCGUAAGAAAGAUUCAUGCGGGAUGAUAUUUUGAAACACGAGCGCGUGAACCGCUACACUGAAAGAAAGAGAUGUCCGA